GAUUCAUGUAACCAAUCACUGAAGAUGAAGGCAGCAAAAAUACUAUGAUUGUUCAGAGGCAAGGUUUCGGAAACAGAGUAACGGUUUAUAUGAGUUCGAAGGGAUCCAAAAAUGUCGACUAGUUCAGCUCUCAGUAGCUAUUAUGUGGACUCUAUUAUGGGGCACGACACGGAGGAUGUGUACGGAGCGCGUUAUGUCCAGGGCUCACACACCGUGCCCUCGAGGCCGUCAGGUGUGGGGGAAAAUGCGGACUUUUCCUCGUGCAGCUUCGCUUCAAAAUCAGCCGUGUUCCCUGCGUCCUGGACCUCGGUUCAUCAACCAUCUCCUGCUGCUGUGUCCGGACUUUACCAUCCAUACGUCCACCAGACCCAUCUUUCGGACAACAGAUACGUGCGCUCCUGGAUAGAACCAGUCUCAAGCCAUAUCUCUCUGUCGGGGCUCCACUCCAGCAGUCGGCACAGCGGCACAAAGACUGAAAGUUUACCCUCGAAAAGGACUGAAAGCGCGGCGUUUGAAACGGAGACACCGGUGGUUCCCGAGUUUAGCUGCAGGGCUGUAUCAAAGAGCGUAGACAAAGCGACUGGAGAAACGGUUGCAAAUGAUAUUUCGAGUCACGAUGAACCUAAAGACGAAAAACAACAACAACUUGACCCAAGCAACCCGGCAGCAAACUGGAUCCAUGCGAGGUCAACAAGAAAGAAACGUUGCCCUUACACAAAAUAUCAGACUCUGGAAUUAGAGAAGGAAUUCCUGUAUAACAUGUAUUUAACGAGGGAUCGUCGUUAUGAAGUUGCACGAAUCCUGAAUUUAACAGAACGGCAGGUUAAAAUCUGGUUUCAGAACAGAAGAAUGAAAAUGAAGAAGAUGAACCGAGAGAGGAGCAGUAAAGAUCCUUAGUAAAUGUAAUGUGAGUGACUUGAAAAGAAUGGGCAUUCCACAAUAAAUUAUACAGUAGCUUGGCUUAAAACGCUUAAAAUCUGUUUCCUAGCACCAUGGUGGAGUAGUUCAUUCAGGAUCUGAGAAUUCAGUGUCCUAUCUUUCAAAGUAAAAUUCAGCGUCAGAGGUUAUUUAUCCUUAUUCAUAAAAAUCCUACCACUAAAAUGUCUUAUAGGGAAUUAGGAUAUAUGAUUCGUGGUCUGAUCAGUUAUUAAUGUGCUGAGCUGUAUAAUUAUGUUCAUAAUGCAUGCAAAACCCGCUCUUCACCUUCAUGCAGCCACAUGUAAUAAUUUACCGUGCCGUUAAUUUCUGUCUUUUUUAAAUUGGACAUUAUGUACAAUCUCAUAUUUCAAAGCUUGUAUAUUUAUAGUUGAAGCUCUUGUUGGUGUGGUAGAUGCAUCAAUACGGUCUAAAUUAUAAAAGAAAAUCGAACGUUUCAGUCUGUUUUUUUUUUUGUUUGUUUGUUUUUUGUUUGUUUUGUUUUUGUUUUGUUUUCUUUUUUUAACAGUGACAUUUACCUUCAGUGUUUUAUAGUGAAUUUGGGUGUAAGAUUUGUUAAAUACUCUACUCGUGCACCUACUGUGAAAUUGUUCUCUUUAGACCAUGUUUUACAAAUAAAUUGCAUAUGUACA